CCUCAACUAGUGAGUAGUGACAUGUAUAUCUUCACUUGCAUAUCGGUGGUUGCAAUGAAAAAAUAAGGCUAAAAAAAAUCCCUAUCUCUUAUCAGUUUAGGCAGGUGCAAUGGAGAGCAGCUGCAAGAGGGAGGUGGCCAUCAUAGGUGCAGGUAUUAGUGGCCUUCUAGCGUGUAAGUACAUCCUCGCCAAAGGCUUCCAUCCAAUUGUUUUUGAGGCCAAAAGCAGCAUUGGAGGAGUGUGGACCAAAACCUUUGAGACCACAAAACUCCAAACUCCCAAAUCACUCUUUCAAUUCUCUGAUUUUCCAUGGCCAUCUUCUGUAACUGAAGAAUUCCCCGACCAGCAUCAGGUGCUGAGUUACAUUACAGCUUAUGCUCACCACCAUGACCUGCUCAAGCAUAUCAAGUUCAAUUCUCAAGUCCAAGGAAUUCACUAUGAAGGCCCUCCUUUUGAAGAGAUGCAGGCGUGGCAUCUCUGGGGUGGAACAGGUGACCCUUUCACCUCCAAAGGAAAAUGGACACUUUCAGUCAAGAAUACCCAACUCCAACUGGAUUCAAAUUCAACUCAGGUAUAUAGUGUAGAUUUUGUGAUUCUAUGCAUUGGUCGGUUCAGUGAUGUUCCCAACAUUCCAGAAUUUCCUCCAAACAGUGGUCCAGAAAUCUUCCAAGGGAAGGUGAUACACUCCAUGGAGUAUGCCUCCAUGGAUGAUCAAAGUGCAGCAGAGCUCGUCAAAGGAAAGCAAGUCACCAUUGUUGGAUUACAGAAAUCUGCUCUAGACAUUGCAAUGGAGUGCUCCGCAGUAAAUGGGGUUAAGUAUCCUUGCAGAGUCCUGUACAGAACAGAACACUGGCACAUUUCAGACUACUUUCCAUGGGGCGUACCUUUGGCUAAUUUGUAUCUCAAUCGUUUCUCAGAACUCAUGGUUCAUAAGCCUAAUGAAGGCUUCCUGCUCAGUGUCCUUGCCACUGUUCUUGCACCUCUGAGAUGGGCAAUCUCGAAAUUUGUUGAAAGUCAUAUAAGAAGGAAGCACGGUUUGGCAAAGUUUGGGAUGGUACCAGAUCACAGCUUCCAUCAAACAGUGAAUUCUUGUUUGUUUUCAACGGUGCCGGAAAAAUUCUAUGAGAAAGUGGAAGAGGGAAGUAUCAUGUUGAAGAAAGCUCCCAGGUUUUGGUUCUGCAAAGAGGGCGUUUUGGUUGAUGGAGAAGAAGCCUCUACCUCGCCCUUGAAGACAGAUUUGGUCAUAUUAGGUACUGGGUUCAGGGGUGACAAGAAGCUCAAAGACAUGUUCGUGUCUUCAUAUUUUCAAAACCUUAUAGCGCCCUCUCCAAAUGCAAGUACUCCAUUAUAUAGGGACUGCAUCCAUCCCCAGAUUCCACAAGUGGCAGUGAUUGGAUUCGCGGAAAGUGCUUCUAAUUUGUUUACCUCAGAGAUUCGGUGCCGUUGGGUUGCGGAGCUAUUGGAUGGGACAUUCCAAGUGCCAAACAUUGAGGAGAUGAAGAAAGAUGUGAAGGAAUGGGAGGAAUACAUGAAGAAAUACUCGGGGCCAUACUACACGAGGUCAUGCAUAGUAGGCUUGCACAUAUGGUACGCUGAUCAACUAUGCAAGGACAUGGGAUUGAACCCUAAACGAAAGAAAGGACUGCUCGCUGAGCUAUUUCAGCCUUAUGGCCCUUUGGAAUAUUCUUCUUCUUAAUCCAUGUUGGUUGUAAAACAUGCAUAACCAUCAUCAACACUCCCGCUAUGAGAGUGAUGUUAGAUUUAUUUAUAAUUAACUCUCUUUUUUUUUUUAUGUGGAUUAACAUUAUCAAUUAAUUAGAAUAUAUUUUGUUUGGUCA